AUGUUUGCCGGAGUCGCCAAAGCGCGGCCUGACCUUGGGAAGGGGCGGCGUCGCACCAUUUGCUCAAUGAGAUGGGAUGGCGGCCGGGCUAAGCUCAGCUGGCACUCGUGCUCCCCCAGGCGUCCCGUUUGGCAGCACAUGACAAUCAUGGAGCUAUUUCAGGGUGCAGCUGCCAGUGACCUGCAGGGGGCAGACAAACACAGCCACGUCACAAUUCACCAAACUCCCUGUCAGGUGGCAGGGACGGCCAUUUUGCCGACAGAGCAGCAUGUGGGCUUGGAGAAGAAAGAAGGAAAAGCUUACCCCCCAGAGAACUACCAACACACGUCCCACUCUCCCCUGGUUCCUUCAGACCCCCCAGAGAACUACCAACACACGUCCCACUCCCCCCUGGUUCAUUCAGACCCCCCAGAGAACUACCAACACACGUCCCACUCCCCCCUGGUUCAUUCAGACCCCCCAGAGAACUACCAACACACGUUGCACUCCCCCCUGGUUCCUUCAGACCCCCCAGAGAACUACCAACACACGUUCCACUCCCCCCUGGUUCAUUCAGACCCCCCAGAGAACUACCAACACACGUCCCACUCCCCCCUGGUUCAUUCAGACCCCCCAGAGAACUACCAACACACGUUGCACUCCCCCCUGGUUCCUUCAGACCCCCCAGAGAACUACCAACACACGUUCCACUCCCCCCUGGUUCAUUCAGACCCCCCAGAGAACUACCAACACACGUUGCACUCCCCCCUGGUUCCUUCAGACCCCCCAGAGAACUACCAACACACGUUGCACUCCCCCCUGGUUCCUUCAGACCCCCCAGAGAACUACCAACACACGUUCCACUCCCCCCUGGUUCAUUCAGACCCCCCAGAGAACUACCAACACACGUUGCACUCCCCCCUGGUUCCUUCAGACCCCCCAGAGGACUACCAACACACGUUCCACUCCCCCCUGGUUCCUUCAGACCCCCCAGAGAACUACCAACACACGUGCCACUCCCCCCUGGUUCCUUCAGACCCCCCAGAGAACUACCAACACACGCUCCACUCUCCCCUGGUUCCUUCAGACACCCCAGAGAACUACCAACACACGUCCCACUCCCCCCUGGUUCCUUCAGACCCCCCAGAGAACUACCAACACACGUCCCACUCCCCCCUGGUUCCUUCAGACCCCCCAGAGAACUACCAACACACGUUCCACUCUCCCCUGGUUCCUUCAGACCCCCCAGAGAACUACCAACACACGUCGCACUCCCCCCUGGUUCCUUCAGACCCCCCAGAGAACUACCAACACACGUUCCACUCCCCCCUGGUUCCUUCAGACCCCCCAGAGAACUACCAACACACGUUCCACUCCCCCCUGGUUCCUUCAGACCCCCCAGAGAACUACCAACACACGUUCCACUCCCCCCUGGUUCCUUCAGAUCCCCCAGAGAACUACCAACACACAUUCCCCACCCCCCUGGUUCCUUCAGACCCCCAAGAGAACUACCAACACACGCUCCACUCCCCCCUGGUUCCUUCAGACCCCCCAGAGAACUACCAACACACGUCCCACUCCCCCCUGAACUACCAACACACGCUCCACUCCCCCCUGGUUCCUUCAGACACCCCAGAGAACUACCAACACACGUCCCACUCCCCCCUGGUUCCUUCAGACCCCCCAGAGAACUACCAACACACGUUCCACUCCCCCCUGGUUCCUUCAGACCCCCCAGAGAACUACCAACACACGUUCCACUCUCCCCUGGUUCCUUCAGACCCCCCAGAGAACUACCAACACACGUCGCACUCCCCCCUGGUUCCUUCAGACCCCCCAGAGAACUACCAACACACGUUCCACUCCCCCCUGGUUCCUUCAGACCCCCCAGAGAACUACCAACACACAUUCCCCACCCCCCUGGUUCCUUCAGACCCCCAAGAGAACUACCAACACACGUUCCACUCCCCCCUGGUUCCUUCAGACCCCCCAGAGAACUACCAACACACGCUCCACUCCCCCCUGGUUCCUUCAGACCCCCCAGAGAACUACAAACACACGUCCCACUCCCCCCUGGUUCCUUCAGACCCCCAAGAGAACUACCAACACACGUUCCACUCCCCCCUGGUUCCUUCAGACCCCCAGAGAACUACCAACACACGUUCCACCCCACCCUGGUUCCUUCAGACCUCCCAGAGAACUACCAACACACGUCCCACUCCCCCCUGGUUCCUUCAGACCCCCAAGAGAACUACCAACACACGUUCCACUCCCCCCUGGUUCCUUCAGACCCCCCCAGAGAACUACCAACACACGUUCCACUCCCCCCUGGUUCCUUCAGACCCCCCAGAGAACUACCAACACACGUUCCACUCCCCCCUGGUUCCUUCAGACCCCCCAGAGAACUACCAACACACGUCACACUCCCCCCUGGUUCCUUCAGACCCCCCAGAGAACUACCAACACACGCUCCACUCCCCCCUGGUUCCUUCAGACCCCCCAGAGAACUACAAACACACGUCCCACUCCCCCCUGGUUCCUUCAGACCCCCCAGAGAACUACCAACACACGUCCCACUCCCCCCUGGUUCCUUCAGACCCCCCAGAGAACUACCAACACACGCUCCACUCCCCCCUGGUUCCUUCAGACCCCCCAGAGAACUACCAACACACGUUCCACUCCCCCCUGGGGGGCCGUGGAGAAAGCGGGAAGUAG